AUGUUCCCCUAUCGACUACAAAAUCGCAAUAAGUGGCUUGAAUUUAUCCAUUUGGUUUUAGGCUAUGAAACGGACACUGCCUAUAUGGGCCGAACAAUCGGUCGUGUCUGUAAUCGGAUUCAGUUCGGGUGCUUCGACUUCCAUGGUAGGAAGUAUCAACUUCCAAUCAACAACCCUCCUCAUCACUUGCAUGGUGGACCUCAAGGGAUCGCUCUGAAAGAGUGGGAGAUUGCGCGCCAAACACCCACUUCCGUCACCUUCCGAAUAUAUGCCGAUGAAGAAAACGACGGAUUUCCAGGAGAUGCUAAAAUUGACGUGACGUAUACUGUAAACGAUAUGAAUCAACUUCUCAUAGAACAUGGGGCAACAUGCACAACACCAGGAGUGCUUAAUCUUACGAAUCACUCUUACUGGAAUCUGGAUGGAAGCGCAUCAGUUCGAGAUCAUCUCUUGCAAGUAGAUGCCGAUGCCUACCUUCCUACUGAUAAAGAUGAUUUUCCCACAGAAUAUGCGCAGAUCACAGAAGCAAAUAACCAAGUACCACAUAUUUCACUAAAAACUGAAAUAUUUAACAAAUCACGAGAAAGAGCAUCAGUUCGAGAUCAUCUCUUGCAAGUAGAUGCCGAUGCCUACCUUCCUACUGAUAAAGAUGAUUUCCCCACAGGGGAAAUAGUCGAAGUGCAAGGAAGUCGAUUCGAUUCACCGGAAGAGAAACCUCUUAAGAGCCUUCUUGAUGACAAAGGGAACAUUGAUAUCGACAAUGAUCUCGUCCUAUCACGCGAGAGGUCACGGCUGCAUGUAUUGUCGUAUGUUUUUGCUUCGUUCAUUUCCUUAUGUUUUACUACACAAAAGGGGCUUUAUUCACCGCUAUCUGGCAUAAAAAUGGUGGCAUCAACAUCAUAUCCGGUGAUCCACCUCUACGGCUCACGUCAUCUUCAAGACGUUAAGGGCAAAGAAGGCCAGCUGUACCAAACAGGAAAAGCAUUAGCAAUAGAGCCACAAUUCCACACCGGCGCCUUAAAUUAUGACAAUUUUCCCUGCAUCCACCUGUCUCCCGAUCAACCUUACCUCCACGAGAUCGUCUACACAUUCUCGACAGUAGAUGACGAUUGA